ACUCAGGAUGCAGCCAGCAGCCACCACGUGCACAGAGGACCGCAUCCAGCAUGCCCUGGAGCGAUGCUUGCAUGGACUGAGCCUUGGACGCCGUUCUGCAUCCUGGUCAGCUGGACUGUGUCUGAACUGCUGGAGCUUACAGGAGCUGGUCAGCAGGGACCCAGGCCACUUUCUCAUCCUCCUGGAACAGAUCCUACAGAAGACCCGAGAGGUCCAAGAGAAAGGCACCUACGACCUCCUGGCCCCGCUGGCUCUGCUCUUCUACUCCACGGUCCUUUGUACACCACACUUCCCACCGGAUUCAGACCUCCUUCUGAAGGCAGCCAGCACCUACCACUGCUUCCUGACCUGGCCGGUUCCCUACUGCAGCAUCUGCCAAGAGCUGCUCACCUUCAUUGAUGCUGAGCUCAAGGCUCCAGGGAUCUCCUACCAGCGGCUGGUGAGGGCUGAGCAGGGCCUGCCCAUCAGGAGCCACCGAAGUUCCACUGUCACUGUGCUGUUGCUGAACCCGGUUGAGGUCCAGGCUGAAUUCCUUGCUGUGGCAGACAAGCUGAGCGCACCCGGACAGUCACCACAUGGUGCCUACACCACCCUGCUCCUGCACGCCUUCCAGGCCACCUUUGGGGCCCACUGUGACCUUCCUAGCCUGCACCGCAAGCUGCAGUCCAAGACGCUAGAAGAGCUCGAGGACAUCUUCACCGAGACUGCCGAAGCCCAGGAGCUGGCAUCUGGCAUUGGGGAUGCAGCAGAGGCCCGACGGUGGCUCCGGACCCAGCUGAAGGCAGUGGGAGAAAAAGCUGGCUUCCCUGGCAUCUUAGACACUGCAAAACCUGGGAAACUCCACACCAUCCCCAUCCCCGUCGCCAGGUGCUACACAUACAGCUGGAACCAGGACAGUUUCGACAUCCUACAGGAAGUCCUUCUCAAGGAACAGGAACUGCUGCAGCCAGGGAUCCUGGGAGAUGAUGAAGAGGAGGAAGAGGAGGAGGAAGAGGAGGACUUGGAGAUGGACAGGCAUUGUGCUGAAAGAGACUCGCUCCUCUCUACCAGCUCUCUGGUGUCUCACGACUCUACUCUGUUGCUUACCUCCUCUCAGGCCUCGGGGCCAGUGCUGUCCCGCCAGGUUCUGACCACCUUCGUCUCAGGCCUCUCGGAUGGCGUGGACAGUGGCUAUGUGGAGGACAGUGAGGAAAGCUCCCCAGAGUGGCCCAAGAAGCCCGGUAGCCGGCAACGCCAGGGUCACCGCAGGCCUGGGCAUAAGUUCAACAGGAUCUAUAAACUCUUGAAGAGCACCAGCCAGCUGGUCCUGCGGAGGGACUCUCGGAGCCUGGAGGGCAGCUCAGACCCAACCCUGCCCCUGCGGCGGGCAGGGAGCCUCUGUAGCCCCUUGGAUUGUCCAGCCCAGUUCCCCUCCAGGGCUCAGCGCUCACGCUCCCUACCCCAGCCCAAGCUCAGCACCCAAAUACCCAGCUGGCUUCUGGCCCCACCCUCACACCACCAGCGCCACCGCCGCCGCCCCUUCCUCAGUGGGGAUGAGGACCCCAAGGCUUCCACACUACGGGUUGUGGUGUUCGGCUCUGAUCGAAUUUCCGGGAAGGUGGCCCGGGCAUACAGCAAGCUCAGGAGACUGGAGAACAGUCACCCGCUCCUCACACGGUUCUUCAAGCUUCAGUUCUUCUACGUGCCUGUGAAGCGAAGCCACGGAACCAGCUCCGGUGCCCGCCCGUCCUCUCUGAGCCAGACAUCUCCGCUCCCAGCAGACCCCUUGAGGCACCACAGCCCUGCAGAGCUAGGCAUGGCCCCGUGGGAGGACAGUACCAAUGACAUCUCUCACUACCUCGGUGUGCUUGACCCCUGGUACGAACGCAAUGUGUUGGGCCUCAUGUACCUGCCCCCCGAAGUCCUUUGCCAGCAGUCCCUGAAGGCAGACCCUCGGCCCCUGGAGGGCUCGGCCACCCAGCUGCCCAUCCUGGCCGACAUGUUGCUCUACUAUUGCCGCUUUGCGGCCCGGCCCGUGUUGCUGCAGGUCUAUCAGACAGAGCUGACGUUCGUCACCGGAGAGAAGACUACGGAAAUCUUCAUUCAGUCUCUGGAACUGGGCCACUCAGCGGCCACGCGUGCUAUCAAGGCAUCAGGUCCGGGCAGCAAGCGGCUGGGCAUUGAUGAUGACCGGGAAGCCGUCCCUCUCACACUACAGAUUAUUUACAGUAAGGGAGCCAUCAGUGGCCGAAGCCGCUGGAGUAACCUAGAGAAGGUCUGUACCUCUGUUAACCUCAACAAGGCCUGCCAGAAGCCGGAGGAGCUAGACUCCAGCAUGGAGAUGCUGACGCUAACCCUGACAGAGGUGCUGAAAAGGCAGAACCCAAGGUCCAAAAAAGGCUUUAACCAGAUCAGUACAUCCCACAUCAAAGUGGACAAGGUGCAGAUCAUCGGCUCCAGCAGCUGCCCCUUUGCUGUGUGUCUGGACCAGGAUGAGAGGAAGAUCCUACAGAGCGUGGUCAGGUGUGAAGUGUCGCCCUGCUACAAGCCAGAGAAGAGCAGCCUGCCACCCCAGAGGUCCUUCAGCCAGCCAGCACAGGCUGCUCCUGACCUGUGUUCCCUUCUCUGCCUCCCCAUCAUGACGUUCAGUGGAGCUCUGCCCUAGUGCUGAGGGACCAGGCUGGACAGGAAAGCGCCCAGGUUCUCCUGGACCACUCUCCAGGGCAGCUGCUCUCUGUGGAGAACCUAAUUGUCGUGGGCUGUAUCAGGAUCCCUCUGUAGGCCCAGCCAUGGACCGGGGACGUGCGGCCAAUGGUAUCUGGAACCUCGGAGAUCUGAGGCGGAAACAGGCAUUAGAGAGAGAAGGGCCUGGCUUUGUACAUUCCUCGGAGCAGAGGGAGGGAUGGGUGAGUGACCCUGAAGAAAGGUCUGAGUCUUGACUGUGGUUUUAGGCCUC